AUGUCAAUGCUUAGAUCUGUGGUAGCAAUCUCUUUGUUGUUUGGAUCUCUGAACGUACAUUCUCUGCCAUGUGAAGACGACAGCAAAUGCAAAACCGGGUCAUGUAACAGCCACAGUGACUGCAUUUGCGAUAUCCCGGAUUCAUCAACCAUCUUGGACGGUGAUCGUCCUUUCCUCGGGGGGAGAUUCUGUGAUGAGGAGAUGACGAUGUGCGAUGGGACUAAUUCGUUUUGGUGUGAAAAUGGUGGGCUCUGUGAAGAAAUCGUUCAAGGGGAGGACUACUCCUGCAAAUGUCCUCUAGGGUAUACCGGAAAACAUUGUCAGUAUCCCGGAGUUCGUUGUGAUAGAAUGUUUUGUUUCCAUGGGGCUGAAUGUCUGGUCGAAAGCAAUGCAUGCGAAUGUCCUUCUGACUGGAAAGGAAGUGUUGACUGUUCUCUUCCGACAACAAACACAACAGACUCGUCUGGGGAUUCAAGUAUGUCUGAACUGCCUCAUUGGGGAAGCAAUAACAGUAGUAACACAAAUUGGACUUUGGUGAUUGUGGGCACAUUGUUUUCAGUAGGAGCAGUAACAGGGGGUGCUAUAUUUGCCAAGAAACUGUUGGGUAAGAAAGAAACGACCCCAAAAUUUCAGCAGUUAUCACGAAUGCAAAGCAAUGGGAUUUUGGAAGAUGAGAGGGACAACAUGGUUCCAGAGAUGAGUCGUAAUGGAUGA